UUAAAAACAUUUGGUCACUCAAUAAUUUGACAGAGUAAAAGUUCAGAAAGACGCCCCAGUGACGUCACAUCUAGUGAUUCAGGCCGAUAGUACCUAGUCACAGUAUGUAACUCAACUCCGUCUGAUGUCAUAAAGAGUAACUGAAGCCCUGAACUACUGAAAGCAUCUGAACCGCCUCUUACCGGGAGGAGAGAAGAAAAACAUGGCGAACUUUCCUCUGGAAUAACUGUUUUCUGAAGAACUGCUGCGCGUUUCUUUAAGUAACGUUCCCGAGCGUGAAUUCAUUGAUGUAUCAACACGUUUAGUCUGGUAACGAGGCUGUUUCUCAUGCACUCGGAGCGUGUGAAGGAUCAUGGGAGGAGAGUUUGAAACAGUUGGAUACUACUAAAGCAGGACAGGAUGGAGAAACAAGGGACAAGACGCGAAAAGUUUGGUCUGUUUGGAGCGCGAGCGCUGGGCAGGGCUGUGCACGCCGCCACCGACGGCCCGGGCCUCAGCAAGGCCGAGUUCAUGGAGAAGGUGCGGCAAAGCAACGAGGCCUGCCAGCUGGGAGACUUCCAGACGGCCGUGAAGCUUUACGGAGAAGCCCUGCGCGCCGACCCGCAGAACUGCAUCCUUUACAGCAACCGCUCGGCCGCCCGCCUCAAACUGGGCCAGUACCAGACCGCCCUGGACGAUGCAGUCAAAGCCCGCCUCCUUAACCCCAAGUGGCCGAAGGUGAGUGUGUGGGCGGGGCUUCGCAUCUUUUAUUCCUGGUUACAGGUGAAGACGUCUCUUGUUCCCUGUUCGUCGUCUUCAUGUGCUCUAUACAGUAUUUUCCUCCGCUCAGAGAAGCAGAUCAUCGCUGUCUUCCGUCUGUUUUUUUGUUCUUUUAGCAUUCAUUGCAGGUGCAACAAGCGGAGAGCUUGAGAACUUGCCAAAUUGCCUCUUUGCUUAACAUUUCUGAGCUGUGAUGCUAACAGACGCUCAAAGCAGAA